GACGCCGAGCCCGGGAAGCCGCGAGCGGCGCGGCGGCCACAGAGACAGCGACGCGGCCCCGGAGGCGCAGAGGCGGCGGCGGCGGCGGCGGCGAGCGCCCCCCACCCCCGGGAGCGGGAGCGGGAGCCGGAGGAGGCGCCGCGCCCCCCGAGCCUGCCGGGGCCGCCUGCGCCGCGGAGCGCAGAGCCGCGGGUCUCCCUCGCUCCCUUCCUCCCUCCGCGGGCCGGCGGGAGGCUCCGCGCUCGGGCGCAGGCGGCAGCCCCGGGUGGCCGAGCCCCGCAGCCGGUGCGGACAUGGGCGCGCGGGGCCGCGGGACCCUCAAAGUUUGCUAACCCGCUGGACGUGCAGCAGAGGUGGGUAUGUGGGGGGAAGGGGGGCUCCCCGGGAAGGACGGAGAGCCUCCGGGCCGCGCCGCUAGAUGCCGCCUGCAAAGUUGAGAGAGAAGCAAACUUCCGCUCUGGGGAGACCAGCCCGCUAUGCUGAGCGCGCCCCCCGAGGCCGGCGCCCCUGAGAGCCCCGCCACCCCCGCGCCGCCCGCCGCGCUCGCCCGCCUGCAGCCCGGCUCCGGGGCCCCCGCGCGGCCGAGCGCGCCGGCUGCGUGCGCGCCCUGAACCCCGCCGGGGGGCGGGGAGGCGCGGGGGGGCGGGCAACGUGGCCUCGGGAGGAAGUUUCCCGAAGUUGUCCAUUUAUUCCGGAGCCCGGCUGGAGAUCCGGCGGGAUCUCGGAGGCCCUCCUGCCUGGACGGAGAAGUCGUGGGUGGGGUGCCCGAGGUGCCUCCUCUCCUCUGCGCUCGCCCUUCGCCUUAGGGGCGCGCCUGGACCUCGGACUUGCCAGCGAGGGAGCUGUCGGCGGGGGUCGCCCGGGACUUCUCACCCCGCCAGCGCGGCACAGACUGUCCCCCCGGACGCAGCCACGGGCUCCCGUGGGGUCACGGCCCCCACCAGGAUUAUAACACACGACCCAGGACGGUCCCCUCCCCGGACUGGUCACCAUGUGGGGGCUGCUGAUCUGGACACUACUGACCCUGCACCGGUUCGGCCUAGGAGGAGCCCAAGACGACGUGGCCCCAUAUUUCAAGACAGAGCCAGUGCGGACGCAGGUGCACCUGGAGGGCAACCGUUUGGUGCUCACCUGCAUGGCUGAGGGCAGUUGGCCGCUGGAGUUCAAGUGGCUCCACAACAGCAGGGAGCUGACCAAGUUCUCCCUGGAGUACAGGUACAUGAUCAGCAGCCUGGACCGCACCCACGCUGGCUUCUACCGCUGCAUCGUGCGGAACCGGAUGGGCGCUCUGCUGCAGAGGCAAACUGAGGUCCAGGUGGCCUACAUGGGGAACUUUGAAGAGGGCGAGAAGCACCAGAGUGUGUCCCACGGUGAAGCAGCUGUCAUCCACGCCCCCCGUAUCUCCAGUUUCCCCCGGCCACAGGUGACCUGGUUCCGGGAUGGCCGCAAGAUCCCACCCAGCAGCCGCAUAGCCAUCACCCUGGAGAACACCCUUGUCAUCCUGUCGACCGUGGCCCCCGACGCAGGCCGCUACUACGUGCAGGCGGUUAAUGACAAGAAUGGUGAUAACAAGACCAGCCAGCCCAUCACUCUGGCCGUGGACAAUGUUGGGGGGCCAGCAGACCCCAUCGCCCCGACCAUCAUCAUUCCUCCCAAGAACACCAGCGUAGUGGCCGGGACCUCAGAAGUGACCUUGGAGUGCGUGGCCAAUGCCAGGCCCCUGAUGAAGCUGCACAUCAUGUGGAAGAAGAACGGGGCUCUGUUGUCUGGGGGCAUCAGUGACUACCACCGCAGGCUCACCAUCCCCAACCCCGUGGGCAGCGACAGCGGCUACUAUGAGUGUGAGGCCGUCCUGCGAAGCAGCAGCGUCCCCUCAGUUAUCCGAGGGGCCUACCUGUCUGUGCUGGAACCGCCUCAGUUUGUCAAGGAGCCUGAGAGGCACGUCACAGCAGAGAUGGAGAAGGUGGUUGACAUCCCCUGUCGGGCCAAAGGAGUGCCGCCGCCCUCCAUCACCUGGUACAAGGAUGCGGCCGUCGUGGAGGUGGAGAAGCUGAGCCGCUUCCGGCAGCGUGGCGAUGGGACCCUGCAGAUCAGCGGGCUGGUGCCCGACGAUACGGGCAUGUUCCAAUGCUUUGCCCGCAACGCGGCCGGUGAGGUGCAGACGUCCACCUACCUGGCUGUCACCAGCAUCGCCCCCAAUAUCACCAAGGGUCCCCUGGACAGCACGGUCAUCGAUGGCACUUCAGCGGUGCUGGUCUGUGAGACUUCAGGAGCACCCCGGCCGGCCAUCACCUGGCAGAGAGGGGAACGCAUAUUGGCCAGCGGCUCUGUACAGCUGCCCCGCUUCACCUUGCUGGAGUCGGGCACCCUGCUGGUCAGCCCCACGCACCUCUCGGACGCCGGCACAUACACCUGCUUGGCUACCAACUCCAGGGGCGUGGACGAAGCUUCGGCGGACCUGGUCGUGUGGGCCCGGACCCGCAUCACCAAGCCUCCCCAGGACCAGAGUGUCAUCAAGGGCACCCAGGCCUCCAUGGUGUGUGGAGUGACCCAUGACCCCCGAGUGACUAUCAGGCACGUCUGGGAGAAGGACGGGGCUGCCCUGGGCGUGGAGGGCAGCCCUCGAAUCCGCCUGGACAAGAAUGGCUCCCUGCACAUCUCACAGACCUGGUCGGGAGACAUCGGCACCUACACCUGCCGCGUGCUGUCUGCCGGCGGCAACGACUCACGCAGUGCACACCUGCGCGUCAGACAACUGCCCCACGCCCCCGAGCGCCCAGUGGCGCUUCUCAGCACCGAGGAGCGGCGGGCCAUCAACCUGACGUGGGCCAAGCCCUUUGACGGCAACAGCCCCCUGAUACGCUACAUCCUGGAGAUGUCAGAGAACAAUGCCCCCUGGACGGUGCUCCUGGCCAGCGUGGACCCCGAGGCCACCUCCGUGGUGGUCAAGGGCCUGGUUCCCGCGAGAUCCUACCAGUUCCGCCUUUGUGCUGUCAACGACGUGGGGAAAGGACAGUUCAGCAAGGACACGGAGAGGGUCUUGCUGCCAGAGGAGCCCCCCACAGCCCCUCCACAGAAUGUCAUCGCCAGUGGCAGGACCAAUCAGUCCAUUAUGAUCCAGUGGCAGCCACCUCCCGAGAGCCACCAGAACGGCCUUCUCAGGGGCUAUGUCAUCAGGUACUGCCUGGCUGGGCUACCCGUUGGGUACCAGUUUAAGAACAUCACGGAUGCCGACGUCAACAACCUUCUCCUGGAGGACCUCAUCAUCUGGACCAACUACGAGAUCCAGGUGGCAGCCUACAACAGCGCCGGGCUGGGUGUCUACAGCAGCAAAGUCACCGAGUGGACGCUGCAGGGAGUCCCCACGGUCCCUCCGGGCAAUGUGCACGUGGAAGCCACCAACUCCACGACCAUCCGGUUCACCUGGAACGCCCCCAGCCCCCAGUUCAUCAAUGGCAUUAACCAAGGCUACAAGCUCAUCGCCUGGGAGCCGGGUCAGGAAGAGGAGAUGACCAUGGUGACCGUUCGGCCCAACUUCCAAGACAGCAUUCACGUGGGCUUCAUGUCUGGGCUGAAGAAGUUCACCGAGUAUUUCAGCUCCGUGCUCUGCUUCACCACCCCCGGGGACGGCCCCCGCAGCACGCCCCAGCUGGUGCGCACCCAUGAGGAUGUACCUGGGCCGGUGGGACACCUGAGCUUCAAUGACAUCCUGGACACCUCACUGAAGGUCAGCUGGCAAGAACCUGGAGAGAAGAAUGGCAGACUCACAGGCUACCGGAUCUCCUGGGAGGAGUAUAACCGCACCAACACCCGCGUGACCCACUACCUCUCCAACGGGACCCUGGAGUACCUCGUCACCGGCCUCACCGCGCUCACCACCUACACCAUCGAGGUGACCGCCAUGACCGCCAAGGGCCAGGGCCAGGUGUCCGCCUCCACCAUCUCAUCCGGGGUGCCCCCAGAACUCCCCGGGGCUCCCACCAACCUGGGCAUUUCCAACAUCGGCCCCCGCUCAGUGACCCUGCAGUUCAGACCCGGCUACGACGGAAAGACCUCCAUCUCCCGCUGGCUCGUGGAGGCCCAGGUGGGUGUGAUCGGGGAGGGAGAGGAUUGGCUGCUGAUUCACCAGCUCCCCAACGAGCCCGAUGCCCGUUCCAUGGAAGUGCCAGACCUCAACCCCUUCACCUACUACAGCUUUCGCAUGCGCCAAGUGAACAUCGUGGGCACCAGCCCACCCAGCCAGCCUUCUAGAAAGAUCCAGACUCUCCAAGCACCCCCUGACAUGGCCCCUGCUAACGUGACCCUGCGCACGGCCAGUGAGACCAGCCUGUGGCUCCGCUGGGUGCCUCUCCCUGAGAUGGAGUACAACAGUAGCCCCGAGUCCGUGGGCUACAAGAUCAAGUAUGGCCGGGCUGACGGCCACGGCAAGACGCUGAACCACGUGAUCCAGGACCGCGUGGAGCGUGAGUACACCAUCGAGGACCUGGAGGAGUGGACGGAGUAUCGCGUCCAGGUCCAGGCCUUCAACACCAUCGGGACUGGGCCGUGGAGCCAGAUAGUCGUGGGCAGGACCCGGGAGUCAGUCCCGUCCGCCGGCCCCACCAAUGUGUCUGCACUGGCCACCACGUCCAGCAGCAUGUUGGUGCGAUGGAAUGAAGUCCCCGAGGCCGAUCGCAAUGGGCUGGUGCUGGGCUACAAGGUGUUAUACAAAGAAAAGGACUCCAGUGGGCAGCCCCGAUUCUGGCUUGUGGAAGGGAACUCGUCCCGCAGUGCCCAGCUCACGGGCCUGGGCAAAUACGUGCUAUAUGAGGUCCAGGUGCUGGCCUUCACGCGCAUCGGGGACGGCCACCCCAGCCGCCCACCCAUCCUGGAGAGGACUCUGGAUGAUGUCCCGGGUCCACCCAUGGGCAUCCUGUUCCCGGAAGUGAGGACCACCUCCGUGCGGCUCAUCUGGCAGCCCCCUGCCGCCCCCAACGGCAUCAUCCUUGCGUAUCAGAUCACGCACCGGCUCAACUCGUCCAUGGCCAGCGCUGCCACGGUGGAGGUGCUGGCUCCCAGCGCCCGGCAGUACACAGCCAGCGGCCUCAAGCCAGAAUCUGUCUACCUGUUCCGCAUCACUGCCCAGACCCGAAAGGGCUGGGGAGAGGCGGCCGAGGCCUUGGUGGUCACCACUGAAAAGAGAGACCGCCCCCAGCCCCCAGGCAGGCCCGUGGUGCGGCAGGAGGACGUGAAGGCCCGCAGUGUGCUGCUGUCCUGGGAGCCAGGCAGCGACGGGCUGUCCCCGGUGCGUUACUACACGGUGCAGACCCGGGAGCUGCCGGGUGGCAGAUGGGCACUGCACUCGGCCUCUGUCAGCCACAACGCCUCCGCCUUCGUCGUGGACAGACUCAAGCCCUUCACGUCCUACAAGUUCCGUGUGAAGGCCACCAAUGACAUCGGGGACAGUGAGUUCAGCGAGGAGUCGGAGCCGCUGACCACCUUGCAGGCUGCCCCUGAUGAAGCACCUACCAUUGUGUCAGUGACACCCCACACCACCACUUCUGUGCUGAUCCGAUGGCAGCCACCACCCGAGGACAAAAUCAACGGCAUCCUCCUGGGAUUCCGGAUCCGCUACCGGGAACUGCUCUCGGAGGGACUGCGGGGGUUCACCAUGCGUGGCAUCCACAACCCAGGGGCCAAGUGGGCCGAGCUGACCUCCAUGUUCUCCAUGCGGAACCUGAGCCGGCCCAGCCUCACGUACUACGAGCUGGACAACCUGAAUAAGCACCGGCGAUACGAGAUACGGUUGAGUGUGUACAAUGCGGUGGGCGAGGGGCCCUCCAGCCCCCCACAGGAGGUCUUUGUUGGAGAAGCAGUGCCCACGGCCGCGCCUCGCAAUGUGGUGGUUCACGGCUCCUCGGCCACCCAGCUGGAUGUGACGUGGGAGCCGCCACCCCUGGAAAAUCAGAAUGGAGACAUUCAAGGCUACAAGAUUUUCUUCCGAGAGGCCGAGCAAAGGAACCUCACAGAGCGACUGAAGACGCUGUUCCUGGCCGAGACCAGCGUGAAGCUCAAGAAUCUGACGGGCUACACGACUUACAUGGUCAGCGUGGCCGCCUUCAACUCUGCGGGGGACGGACCUCGGAGCACUCCUGUUCAGGGCCAGACCCAGCAAGCAGCACCCAGUGCUCCUAGCUCAGUCAAGUUCAGUGAGCUGACCACCACAUCCGUGAACGUGUCCUGGCACGCCCCGGAGUUCCCCAAUGGCAUCCUGGAUGGUUAUCGGCUGGUAUAUGAGCCCUGCACCCCUGUGGACGGGGUCAGUAAGAUCGUGACCGUGGACGUGAAGGGCAGCAGCCCUCUGUGGCUGAAAGUCAAGGACCUGGCGGAGGGCAUGACCUACCGCUUCCGAAUCAGAGCCAAGACCUUCACCUACGGGCCGGAGAUCGAAGCCAAUGUCACCACGGGCCCCGGAGAAGGAGCCCCGGGCCCCCCAGGAGUGCCUAUCAUCGUGCGGUACAGCUCAGCCAUCGCCAUCCACUGGUCCAGCGGGGACCCCGGCAAAGGACCCAUCACCCGCUACGUGAUAGAGGCCCGGCCCUCAGAUGAAGGGCUCUGGGAUGUCCUCAUCAAAGACAUCCCCAAGGAGGUGACCUCCUACACCUUCAGCAUGGAUAUCCUGAAGCCAGGUGUGAGCUAUGACUUCCGGGUCAUCGCCGUCAAUGACUACGGCUUUGGCACACCCAGCAGCCCCUCCCAAUCUGUGCCAGCCCAGAAAGCCAACCCAUUCUAUGAGGAAUGGUGGUUCUUGGUGGUCAUCGCCCUGGUCGGCCUCAUCUUCAUCCUGCUGCUGGUUUUUGUGCUCAUCAUCCGGGGCCAGAGCAAGAAGUAUGCCAAGAAGACGGACUCAGGAAACAGCGCUAAGUCCAGUGCUCUGGGCCACGGGGAGAUGAUGAGCUUAGACGAGAGCAGCUUCCCUGCCCUGGAACUCAACAACCGGCGCCUCUCUGUCAAGAACUCCUUCUGCCGGAAGAACGGCCUAUACACCAGGUCUCCUCCCAGGCCCAGCCCAGGGAGCCUCCACUAUUCUGAUGAGGAUGUCACCAAGUACAAUGACCUCAUCCCAGCAGAAAGCAGCAGCCUGACCGAGAAGCCCUCAGAAGUCUCCGACUCUCAGGGAAGUGACAGUGAGUAUGAGGUGGACCCAAACCACCAGAAGGCCCACUCCUUUGUCAACCACUACAUCAGCGACCCCACCUAUUACAACUCGUGGCGACGCCAGCAGAAAGGUCUCUCUCGGGCCCAGGCCUACAGCUACACGGAGAGCGACUCUGGAGAAGCUGACCACAGCACCACAGCCGCCAGCGCCCAGCAGGGCAGCCUUUUCCGGCCCAAGGCCAGUCGGACCCCAACGCCUCAGAACCCCUCUAACCCUUCCAGUCAGCAGAGCACGCUCUACCGGCCCCCCAGCAGCCUGGCCCCUGGUUCCCGGGCUCCUGUAGCAGGGUUCUCAUCAUUUGUUUGACAUCAGAAGAGGAAAACAAAAGGAGAAUGAGGCCCCGGAUUCCCCCUUCCACCCCUCCCCACACUGCCUGCCAGAAAACACCAAGAAACCAAGUCAACUUUUCA